CCGGAAAUCCGCUCCAUCAUCCGUGAGUGUAGCGGCUGGUUGUUCUCCGUGUGACCGUCAGAGGAGCACCUUCUCCCGGACACUUUCUGCAGACAUCCCCCGGAGCUGUGUGGCGGCUGGUUGUUCUCCGUGUGACCGUCAGACGAGCACCUUCCCCCGGACACUUUCUGCAGACAUCCCCGGAGCUGUGUGGCGGCUGGUUGUUCUCCGUGUGACCGUCAGACGAGCACCUUCCCCGGACACUUCCUGCAGACUUCCCCCGGUGCUGUGUAGCGGCUGGUUGUUCUCCGUGUGACCGUCAGACGAGCACCUCCCCCGGACACUUCCUGCAGACUUCCCCCGGUGCUGUGUAGCGGCUGGUUGUUCUCCGUGUGACCGUCAGACGAGCACCUUCCCCCGGACACUUCCUGCAGACUUCCCCCGGUGCUGUGUCAUGUUUGUAUCCGAGCCGUGACGAUGCAGAUCCUGACUCCUCAUGUGUACUGGGCUCAGCGGCACGGAGACAUCCUCCUCCGGGUGGAUCUGAGCGAUGCUAAGAACCUCGAAAUCAGCCUGCAAGAAAACAACACACUUCAGUUCAGAGCACAGGGCCACGGAGCUAAAGGGGACAAUGAAUACGAGUUCAUUUUGGAGUUCCUGGAACCCGUCAGAGCCGAGAUCAACCACAGGUCCACCCAGCGGCAGGUGGACAUCAAGAUCAAGAAGCAGGAGGAGCGCUGGUGGGACCGGCUGACGCUGCAGGAGAAGAGGCCUCUGUUUCUGGCUCCUGACUUCGACCGCUGGCAGGACGAGUCCGACGCCGAGAUGGAGCUUCAGGCGAAGGAGGAGGAGAAGAUAAACAAGAUCAGUGUGGAGUCGAGAGUUCGUAAAGAUCCGUACCUGGGUCUGAAGAAAGGCUACUUGUUCAUGUACAACCUCGUGCAGUUCCUGGGAUUCUCCUGGAUCUUUGUCAACAUGACCGUUCGACUCUUCAUCCUCGGUCAAGAUUCGUUCUACGACACUUUCCACACCAUGGCCGACAUGAUGUAUUUCUGUCAGAUGAUGGCCGCGCUCGAGGUCAUUAAUCCCUUGUUGGGCUUGGUGAAGUCGGCGUUCUUUCCUGCUAUGAUACAGGUGGCCGGGAGGAACGUCAUUCUGUUCGUUAUCUUCGGCGCCCUGGAGGAGAUGCAGAACAAGCCCGUGGUGUUCUUCGUCUUCUACCUGUGGAGCACCAUCGAGAUCUUCAGGUACCCGUUCUACAUGCUGGGGUGCAUCGGCACCGACUGGAAGUUGUUAACGUGGCUGAGAUACAGCCUCUGGAUCCCUCUGUACCCGCUGGGCGUCGUAGCUGAAGCGGUGGCUGUGAUCCAGUCCCUGCCCAUCUUUGACGAGACCCGUCUGUUCAGCGUCGCACUCCCCGCCGUGCUGGGGGGGUCUUUGAGCUUCUCCUACACUCUGCAGCUCUACCUGGUCUUCAUGUUUCUGGGACUCUUCAUCAACUUCCGUCACCUGUACAAGCAGCGGCGGCGGCGAUACCGCUCGAGGAAACGGAAAGUCCACUGACCCAUCAGCCGCUUCACUGUGAACACACUCUGAACUGCCGUCCACUUAAAGAUGAACCAGCUGUUUUCCUGUUUUUUUGCCUUUUCUCAUCUUCCUACACACACACAUGUAUAAUCACCUGGGGGUGGGGGGUCACCUCCUUCCUCCACGUGGUGAACUGUGAAUCCUGCUGUGAGUUUAACUUAUUCUCAUGUCCUCAUAUCUUUUCUCCCUUUUCACAUUUCACAAAGCUGAAAAUCCGCAAUGAAGGAAUAUUAGAAUCAUGUUUUCAUCAGAAUGUUUAAUGUGUAAUAUUGUUUAUCAUUGGAAACAGUCUCUGACCUAGAAGAAUCCAUCUAGGAACAUUCCAACGUACCAACUGGUUUUUGUUUACAUCGUAACAUCGGGAAUCGUCUCCUUGUUUGUUCAAAUAUAUUUCUAAAAGAUUUCACUGAGGAGUCAUGGUCUUUUAACUGUUUGUUACCGAUCACACAUUAGUUACAGUCAAAAUGAAAUGACCCUCGUAUGUUUUACAUUAUCGUUACUUCAUAGAUCGAAUGGUUUUUUGUCAGAGGACGAUAAAUUCUCAAACAUCGGGAACCGGAGCAUUUGAAAACGGUUCCUGUUUGCAGACCACGAUCUCAAGCUCCUCUCUCCCAGUUGAUUUUCAGAUUUAUAGAUUCCUGCAGGAACCAACAGCAGCGGGUUUACAUUCUGCAAGUUGAAGUUAAGACCUUUGAACUGCUGUUGAGUUUACAUGUGUUGGUUGAAGGUGUCGGUCCCUGUUUGUACCAGGACAUGAAAAACAUGUCCUCAGUGUCCAGAGCGAUUUGUGGUGAAGUCAAAAUCCGGUUCCCUUGAUUCAUCAACACUGUUUUAAUGAGGAUUGUUAAUGAGCCGUCCACCCAAACGUUUCCAUUGUUUAACAAACGUCUGGUUGAAACCUGAGUGGCUUGAUUUUCCUUUUAUUUUUUUUUAAGUUUGUGUGUUGUGUGUAAUUUCCAUCUGUUCACUGUGUUUGUUUCUAUUUAUCUCUGUGAACGCGUUUUACGUCUGAAAGGUUCCAGUUGGAGGACGUGAAGCCGACUCACACACACGUUUUAAAAAGACACUGCGCCUGAUUUUUAGUCACAAUUAUUGUUUCCUGACCAAAUGAAUAAACUUCAGAAUUCUUA